GCCAUUGCCAUUCCACUCCAACAGUACCAACCAUGGCCAAUGUGGUUGUACUAGUCGCGUUUGUUGUCUGUCUCUCUAUCACAAUCCAAGCGGUUCGCAUCGAUCACGGCCUGGUGAUGGGCUCCAAUCCGUUCCGUACCUCGUUUGCUGUCGAGCUGGUGGCAAAGGACGGGAGCGUGGUGGCCCGCACGACGGCGCGGUAUGCUGGCGAUGCUCAUGUGGCGGCCGACGGCGCAACAGGAGCGUGGGAGGUCGAGCCGCGCGAGCUUGCAGGCCUCCAGCCCAACGUGGCAUACGCAUACACCGCGACGGAGCAGCGCAAGAUGCGCAGCGACGCAGGCCUGGCCCACGACAGCUCGUUUGAGCGUGCCGUGUACACGGGUGAGUACGUGGCGACCGGGCUUGCGGGUGACGACCGUGGCAACGUGCGCCCGCUGUUGUCAAAGGCGACAGUGCCUGCGCUGGCGUUUGACGAGGCGUCGCCCAUUGACGACGAGGUUGUGCGGCGAGAGGCGGUGUUUGUCGACCCGGAGCUUGCCGAGUCGCUGGCGCCGGGCAUCGAGUUUGAGAUGGCAGUUCACGAGGAGAUAUUCCGGGUCCAGGUCACGUCGACGUCGCGCCGGCUGCACAACGCGCUCGCGGUGAGUGCAACGCUGCUGUGUGCGGCCAAGGACGCCAUGGCGCACCAGGCGUGUGGAACUGCGACACUGGUAGUGCACAGGCACGUGGUGGUGGCCAACCUUGUCCACGAGGCCCACAAGGACCCGAGCGCCCCGCUGGAGCACUAUCAGCUUCGGUACCAUGGAAGUGGCGAGAAUGACCCAGACCCGAUGCACAAGGUGCGGACCAUCGACCAGCAGCGGUUUCCUGACGAGGAGUCUGUGCUUCCGCCGGCCGACGCUGCGAUGGCGGACGACGAGUCCAGCGACGCCGCCAACCGGCUAGCAUCGGACGACACGACUGCGGGCGGCGUGCCGAUCCUGGACGUGUUUGUGGCGUACACGACCGCGAUGAAGAACGGGCGCGGCGGGACGUCGGCGGCUGAGGCGCACAUUCUGCUCGGCGAGACCGAAUCGAAUGAGAUCUACCAGAACUCUGGCGUCAACAUGCACAUGCGGAUUGUGUACACCAAGGAGUAUGCGUACACCGAGCUGAGCUCGGGUUCGAACAUGCUUACCGACUUUCGCAACAACAACGGGGUGUUUUCGGACGUGACCUCGAUCCGGGCUAUGUACGGCGCAGACAUCGGCUCGUUGUGGACGCAGACACACGGCGGAUCGUGUGGCGUAGGGUAUGUGGCAACGUCGAUGAACCAGUCGCCGGUGUACGCGGUGGCGGUGUGCAAGCAGUCGUGCGCUGUGGGGUACUACACCUUUGCGCACGAGCACGGCCACAACAUGGGAUGUAACCAUGACCUGGCGAACGACGGUGUGAAGCUCCAUCCCUACUCGCUCGGGCAUCACUGGAGUGGCAAUGCGUACCGGUCGGCCAUGGCGUACUCGCCGGGCACGCGGGUCAAGCACCACUCGUCGCCGCUGCGGACGCACAACGGACAGCCGACCGGGGUGGCGGACGUUUCGGACAACGCGCGGUCGCUCAACAACGCCAUCUCGAUGACGACAAACUGGUACCCAGACACCAUUGAUUGGUCUGUCGGCACGUACGGCGCUUGUUCAGUCAGCUGCGGCGGUGGUGUCGCGACUCGUCCGGUGACGUGCCAGCUGGCGUCAGGUACGGUCAUCGACGAUGCACUGUGCGAGAUCGAGGCGGCCAAGCCGUCGACGAGCCAGGCAUGCAACACCCAGUCGUGCGCGACGUACUCGUGGCAGACUGGGUCGUUUGGCGCUUGCUCGGUGGCGUGCGGCGGCGGAAGCCAGAGCCGCAGCGUGGAUUGCGUCGAGUCGGCGACCGGGACGAUUGUCGCCGAGACAAACUGCGACGCCGGCAGCAAGCCAGCGACGAGUCAGUCGUGCAACUCGCAGGUGUGUGUGACCUACUCUUGGGUGGCCGGCUCGUGGGGCUCGUGCUCGGUGGCUUGCGGCGGGGGGAGCCAGAGCCGGACGGUCGAGUGCGAGUCGUCGACAGGUUCGACGGUGGCCGAUGCCAACUGUGACGCCGGUACGCAGCCGGCAGCGACGCAGAUAUGCAAUACUCAGGCGUGCCCGACGUAUGCAUGGGUGACGUCGGGGUGGACCACCUGCUCGGAGCCGUGCGGCCCGGAAGGGCUCCAGACCCGGACGGCGACGUGCUACCGCGACGGAUCGGCUGUGGUGGCCGACACCUUCUGCACUGAUCCCAUGCCGGCGCUGCAGCAGACCUGCAACACUGGGUUGUGUGCUCAAUCCACACGUGGGUGGCCGGUUCGUGGAGUACGUGCCCGGCGGCGUGCGCGCAGUUGGGGCAAGAGACACGAGUCAUCAAGUGCCAGGACAUGGCGGUGACGCCGCCGGCUGAGGCGCCGGAGGAUGCAUGCGACCAGCUGGCGCGGCCUGCGGCAGCGCGUGACUGCCUUGGCCCGUGCGACAACGCGGCGAGCGGGACUGGCCAGGUCUCGGCCGGCGCAGCGCAGGUUGGCGCGGCGCCGUCCAAGGACGAGUCGAUGACGUCAUCGACGAUUUUCUUUGUGGUUGUGGGCGCGUCGGCUUGCGCUGUCUGCCUGGCGGUGUUUGCAGGAGUGGUGGCGAUGCGCCGGCGGGCGGCGGCGCGUAACGCGCUCCUCCUCACGAUUGCGUCACCGUAUGGUGACGAGCAGCCGUAUUCACUCGACAUGCUU